UUGAUUGUAGGUGUGACGGUCAGCUGAUUUUCUAUUCUGAAAGAGAAAAAGAUCAUUUGCAGACGUUUUGGAAAAUAAAUAAUAUUUUAUUUCAAAUACUUUGUAAAUUAAAUAAAUUUUUUUUUGAAAAAUGGCACUACACUCUGCAGGAAAGGGAAAACUUUUAGCUGUCAUUGGUGAUGAAGAUACCUGUGUAGGAUUUUUAUUGGGAGGAGUUGGCGAAAUUAACAAAAAUCGUCAUCCCAAUUUUAUGGUUGUUGACAAAAAUACAGCAGUCGGAGAAAUUGAGGAUACAUUUAAACGUUUCAUCAAACGAGAUGACAUUGAUAUUAUACUCAUUAAUCAAAAUAUUGCAGAAAUGAUUAGACACGUUAUUGAUAGUCACAUUCAGCCUAUCCCAUCAGUAUUAGAAAUUCCAAGCAAAGAUCAUCCCUACGAUGCCAGUAAAGAUUCUAUAUUACGACGAGCAAAGGGAAUGUUCAAUCCUGAAGAUAUUCACUGAUCAUAAAUUAAAUUUUUGCACUAAAAUGUUGCAAUGUAUAAGAUGUAUUAUAAAAAAAAAAAUAUGUUAAUCCCUCAUGUAAUAUUUAUUAGGCAAAUUUCUAAAUAUUAUUUCCUGUUGCUGUACAGUAUUGCUGAAAGUAUAUAUAACAUUCCACUGAAAAAAUUGUUAAACAAAAAUUUCAUGCUUUCAUUAGUACAAUAAAGUUUGUUUAUAAUCUAAA